AUGAAGCUGAAUCCGAAGAAAUGUGUCUUCGGCGUGAGGUCUGGGAAAUUCCUAGGUUUCAUGGUCAGCAAGAGGGGGAUUGAUGCCAAUCCCACCAAAGUGCAAGCAGCUCUUGACCUUCCCGAGCCGAAGACAAAAAGGGAUAUUCAGCGCCUUACGGGGAGAAUGGCCGCCUUGUCCAGGUUCAUCUCAAAAGCCUCGGACAAAGGCCUGCCCUUCUUCAAGGCGCUUAAAUUUCCGAAAUCGAAGGAGCUCAUAUGGGAAGAUGAGCAGAAAGAAGCCUUCCAGCAGCUCCGGGAGCACCUGGAAAAUCUUCCGACGCUGGCAAGACCAGCCGAAGGGGAGAUCUUGUACUUAUACGUGGCGGUUAGCCCUGCUACGGUGAGUGCGGUGCUGCUGAAGGAAGAGGAAAAAGUCCAGCAACUGAUCUACUUUGUCAGUCAUACUUUGACUGAUGCCGAAACACGCUACCCUUUGCUCGAAAAAGUCGCAUAUGCAGUGGUGGUAGCAGCUCGGAAGUUAAGGCCUUAUUUUGAUUCACAUCAAAUCGUGGUCCUAACGGAUCAACCGCUGGAGAAAGUCCUCGGCAAGGAAAUACUCGACGAAGGGAAGGGGACUUGGACAGUAUUCACGGAUGGCUCAACCACCGUAAAUGGCUCGGGAGCUGGGGUGGUGAUCACCUCUCCCGAGGGCAAAAACUUCGAGUAUGCACUCAAGUUCUCAUUUAAGGCUUCUAACAACGAAGCAAAAUAUGAAGCAGCAGUUGCUGGCUUGGAAUUGUGCAUAGCUCUCGAAGCCGAACAUGUCUGUCUGAAGACAGACUCUCAGCUAGUCGCUAACUUGAUUCGGGGCGAGUAUGAGGCCAAAGAACCCUCCAUGAUCUCCUACCUUGCCAAGAUCAAAUCAGUUAUAGCGAAGCUGAGAACUUUUGAGACCGAGCUGAUCCCAAGGGCCUUCAAGAAACCUUUAGCCGAUACUGAAUUCACUACCCUUCGCUCAAUGGGGGUUGGAUAUUUUAGGACCAUUCCCCGAGGCUCCCUACCAGAAAAAUGGCUGAUAGUUGGAAUAGACUACUUCAGCAAAUGGAUAGAGGCUGAAGCAGCUUCAAAUAUAACUGAGCAAACUGUCAGGAAGUUCAUCUGGCAGAAUAUCAUCACGCGCUUCGGCAUCCCAAAAGUGCUCGUCUUCGAUCACGGAAGACAAUUUGACAAUCUGCCGCUGAGGCGGUACACAAAUCAGUUCGGCAUAAAACUGGCGUACUCAGCAGUCUGUCAUCCUCAGAGUAAUGGCCAGGCCGAAGCUGCAAAUAAACAGAUACUCAACGCUCUCAAAAAGAGAGUUGAAGAUCAAAAGUCCAAGUGGAUAGAGGAACUUCCUGGAACUCUAUGGUCACUUCGGACAAUUGAAAAAGAGGCCACGGGGCAUUCACCUUUUGAAUUGGUGUAUGGGUCUGAAGCCGUUUUGCCGGUGGAAAUUGGCUCAGAAAGCCUCCGAGUCAACCAGUUCUCGGCUGAAGAAAAUGAGCACCUCAUGAAAGAGUCCUCGAUUUCUUAG